AAACGCAACAGAUCAAUGCUCCUGGACCGAAGAGUGGCUGAAAACAUAAAGAAGACCUCCCAAAAACUGAACACAGGAAAGUAUAAAGAACAAUGGAGGAAUGUGAGGAAUCUGAGGUGACCGAGUUGACGGAGUUCCAGUGUGAGGCUUCAGACGUCACCAGUCAGGACGAUGAGGACGAGGUGGAGGAGCUGCAAAACAGUCUUCGUGAGAUUGUUCAGGACCAGUCUGUGAAGCCCAAACUCCAGUGCCUGAUGGUGGAUCCAUCAUUCUCCAUGGUGACUGUCCAGAGCGAGGACAGUGGUAUUGUUUGGGAAACAGCCUCCAGUCGCUGCUCUACCCCCUGGGCCUCCGAGACCAGCUCAAUCUCUGAAGCCUGCAGCAUGGAAGGGUCUGGAGCUGCUGGAAAGAUCACCAUCAUCUUUGAUGAAGACAAAGUAAUCCGUAGGAGAACAAGGUCCGGAGGCAGGAGCAGCAGAUUGAGGGACAGGUUAAGCAGAUCUAGUGGCUCCAGAUCGGCCUCUGCUCUGGGGGUGGAGAGACCUGAGAUGGCAGAGGUGUCGAUUCCUAAUGUCAAGCAGCAGAAGAAGGAAACAGAACAAGAUUUGGAAGAUAUCAAAAGCAAAGAUCAGCAGCUGUUUAGUUUGAUUUCAGAAGGUUAUGAAAUUCUUAACAUCAGGGUCCCGUCCAAACUUCCCACGGUGGACGAAGAGGAGAGCACUGAACUACAAGACAACUUGUAUUAUCUGGACCAGACUCCAAAGAUCAGGUCACGAAACCAUCUUAAUGAGACCACAGACAGGCCUCAGGAAGUGAAAACACCGGAAUGCAAUGAGCCCUCUUCAUCAGUGGACUCUGAGCUGAGACACACACCCAUUCCUAAAGACGGCUCCAAUGAUAUUGACUACUUUGAGAAAUUCACCCUAGUAGAUGAAGUGGUUCCUGGACAAAAAGAUCCAAACCUUCAUGAGGAGGUGGAGGAACAUGUUGCGGAAGCAGAGACCAUGCCUGCAAAGACAGUCAAAGAAAGCCCAUCAGAAUCAGAUGAAUCUUUUGUCCUUGUGACAGAUGUGGAGAUAGUUGGAGAACACCUGGAUGAAGUCUUUUAUGGAGAAGGAGCUCCUGCUGAUGCAAUGCAGCAAAGAGCAGACGAGGAAGUAAACAACAGAGAAAAAACGAGAGCAAGACGAGAGAGCCAGAGGUCAAUGAAGGAGAGUGGAUCAGUAUUGUUUGGGACUGAAGAAACCACCCUCACUCCUAUUUAUAUCUCCCCUGGACCCCCAAAGAUCAUUGAUCCCAUCCUGCUGGAAGAACCCACCGCCAUGUCCUUCAUGUACACUGACCUUUAUGAGGAUUAUAUAGGCGAGAGGAUUAAGAGCGACGAGGAAUACUCGGAAGUGGAGAGUGUGACAUCUGAAAAAUCUUUCAAGAAAUGUUUGUCAGAUUCGGAGGAGGCAGAAGGAUAUCUGGAAAAGUUUAUUUUGAAAGAUGAUACCCCAACAGUGGACCCGCCAGUAGACUCCGUGGAGGACAAGAGGGAAGGGAGGAUGAUGUGGCCACAGAGUAAGUUUGAAAUGACGGGAUGUCUAAUGAGAGUCGAGGAAGAGGAUGAGGGGAAGAGAGAGGACACAAAGCAAGAUAUUAAUACUGAAGCAAAUACAGGAGCAAGAAAAACUCAAGAACUGGUUCCAGAAAUGGCAAAGGAAGGAGUACAACACUCAGCCUGUGAAGAGCAGGCUGUUCCUAUAGAAUUGGUUCAUGAGGAUAGGCAGACGAAAGAAGGGAUGCAUGCUCCGCAGAAAAGAACUGAGAAGACACUUCCUGCAACACAACCACUGGAUGUUCAGGUAGAAACUGGGGAACAACAGAGAGAUGAUCAAGGUAGUGAUUCAAGUAUGAUUAAAACCAAAGAACUACCCCCAAAACAAGUACUGGAGCAGAGAGGUGAUGUACCAUCAACCCUCACUGACUUUCCUCAACCAGACACAGUCAAGGAAGUCUAUGAAAAGGCAGCGGUGGAGAAGGAAGCCCAAGAGGUGACUCCAGCAGAAUUUGGUAUGAUAGGUCAGGAUAUGUUAACCUUUACUGAACCUGCAGUUGCGACAACAUGCAAAGUGAAAGAGCUUGAUUCCGAACAAGCUGCACCAGUUGAGGUCUUCACUGGCAGUGAGCCUAUGGUGCAUGCAGUCAUGACGGUAACUGAGAGGACUCUGGAUGAAGAAGUCACUGAAACAAAAAUUCAGAUUGAUCUUAAGGAGGAUAUUCCUGAAAGAGAAUCAACAGAAGAGGUCUUGUCACAGGACGUUAUUGAAGUUGAUGUAGAGGUAAAAGAACAAGAGACAGAUUUAGGUCAGGAGAUGGUUGAAUGUGAGCACCAGACAACUGAAGAAGAUGAGGCAGCUAUUCAGAAGACUAACAAUGACUUGGUUGUUUUGGUUCCCAAAGGUGAAGCUGUUGAGAUGGACAUCAAAAUGAGUCUCUAUUCAGAGAGGGUUACAGAAAGCAAUACAUUGACUCUUUCUGAUCUGGACUUUGAACAUCUCACUGCUCCUGACAAUGGCACCAGGGAAAAAAUAGCAGAGUCUCAACUGGAAGAUGAACCAGUUGGACAAAUGGAGGCGUUGGAGAAGAUGAAGGCGUUGGAGAGGAAGUCGGCAUCUUCACCUUCCAAGGAGAAGGCUGAGAUUGAGGAGUUUAGGAGAGAGGAGGACAAAGAUGGGGGGAUCUUUUCACCUCUGAGGAGCUUUGCCCCACAGGAGGAUCUAUCUGGGCUGCACGAGGAGGAUGUACAACCAAAUGUUGCAGAUGUAGAUGAAAAGGUUGAGGUUGCCCCAGAAAGAUAUGUUAUGAAAGCGUACACAGGUAUGGAGAUAAGUCCUUUCAGAGGGGACAUACGGCAAAAGACAGCUGAAGAUGAAUCACCUGAAGAUGGGGCAGAGGUGGUAGAUGAGGAGUAUGAGAUGAUAACAGAACAAGACACCAAGGAGACAGCAGAACCUCAAGUACUCGGAGAAGCGGGGUCUGAUCAAGUUUUGGAGAAGGACGAGAGCUUCUCGGAUAUGUUUGUAAAUGAAGAUCUCAUUGAGGCUGACUAUGACAUCAUCGACGCAGAGGAGCAGCACCAAGCCCAACUUGCUGCUGAGCUGCAGGGGAUGGACUGGUUUUGUCUCACGUGUCAAUGUUUGCUGUCUAAGGAAGACUGUGAGUCCAAGGACCAUGGUGACCACGAGGUGACUGCUGUGGACAAAGCCUAUGAGGAGAUCAGGGAGCGACUGAGUGAUUGGAUCUCAGAGCUGCAAGGGAGAUCUGAGAACAUUGAGGACUUGGUGUGCGAACUGGAGCUGGCCUACAACUCUGUGGAGGACCAGUGUGUUGAGAGCGAGGCAGCGAUGCAGGCACAGAAUGAUGAGAUGAUGGCCCUGGUGAUGCAGCAGUACAACAACAUGUCCGUCAACAUGGAGGAGGAGAAGAAGUCCAAGCUGGAGCAGCUCUAUGACCAGAUUGUCUCCUUCCAGGAGAGCAUCGACUCUGCCAAGGCCACCCUGGAGACAACAGCCAGAGAGGCUGAGAUGGACGCUCGGCCUCCUGAAGAAAUCCACACAAGGCUCAAGGAAGCACUGGAGUCAACCAUGUCACUGGAUCUGGGCUCCAAGGGACUACUGGUGUUCCAGGACUACGCCAAAGGCAACAACUCACAACUCACCCAACGCAAAGGAAUUCCAGUGCCUCAGAGGCCCACUCUGGAGCCUCAGGAGCCAGGAUCAGCCACCAGUACCAGUGUGACUGUAUACUGGUGUGUCAACCCUGGUGACAUUAUCGACUGCUUCCAGGUUUACUGCAUGGAGGAGCCACAGGGAGCUGUGUCAGAGGAGUACCGUGUGACGGUGAAGGAGAGUUACUGUGUCCUGGAGGAGCUGGAGCCUGAUAAGUCCUACAAAGUGUGGGUGAUGGCUGUCAACUACACAGGCUGUUCUCUGCCCAGCGAGAGGCUCAUCUUCACCACCGCUCCAUCAGUGCCAGUAAUUGAUAGCGAGCGCUGCACUGUCAUGUGGGAUUCAGCCAAGCUGAGGUGGAGCCCAGCAAAACAGAGUGCUGGACAGAGUUACACUUUGGAGUACUGCUGCCAGUACGAAAUGGAAGGAGACGGGCUAAGAUCAAUCUCAGGCAUUAGAAGCUGUAAACGUGAAGUUAUGCUGCAGCCCAAUGAGAAUUAUCUGUUUUACAUCAAAGCUGUGAAUGAAGCUGGAGCCAGCGAGCAGAGCGAGGCGGCUCUCAUUUCUACCAAAGGAACAAGGUUUCGCCUGUUGAAAGCUUCAGCUCAUCCUGCUCUUCAUCUGUCAGAAGACCACACCAGUGUCUGUCUCUCACAAGAUGCAUAUGAACAUGCGCCAUCCACAGACAAAUUGCCCCCAUCCAUUCUAGGUGAGUUAUUACCAGCAAGGGGUCACCACUACUGGGAGACCACCGUGUUAGGAUGUGCGGCUUACAGGCUUGGAGUAGCGUACAGCCCAGUCCACAGGAAGUUCUCCCUGGGGGAAAACACCCAGUCAUGGUGUUUGCAGUGCAUCCCUUCGGCAUCUGGUUGCAGAUAUGAGAUGCUUCACGACAACACUCAAUCCAGCAUCUUUGUGAUGGAGUCCCCCAAUCGGGUGGGCACCCUCCUGGACUACCAGCAGGGUCACCUGUGUUUCUACAACGCCCAAACGGGUCAGUUGUUGGGUUCUUUCAAGCACAACUUCACCCGGCCAUGUCACCCUGCUCUGGCUUUGGAGACACCAGGUCAUCUGGAGGUCAGCAUGGUGCUGGAAGUGCCAAGGUUUGCCAAGGACUGCUAAGUUUUUUUGUUUUUGUUUUUUACAGUUGAUUAUCUUGAUAUAGAGCAGGCAUAUAAAACAAUACAGAAACGCCAAUUGAUUUUCCUGGCAAUAGAGUAAGAAACUUGUAAAUAUCACAUUACAUAGAUCAUUUCAUCAGAUACAACUGGGCUGACAUGGAGUGACUAAAUUGUAAUGUUUUCUUUCUGUUGUUUGCUGUACAUUUUAGACACUGUGUGUAUGUUUGAUCUUUUUUUGUACUUGUUCUAGUUCCCUACCUCUUCAGAAAACGGUAAUGUCUCCAUUUAUGUAAUUUAAAUCCUCCCGUCAACCCAAAAUAUAGUUUGUGAAUGAGUUAUACUGCAGCACUUUCAUAUUGUGAAUAGGCCUUUUUGUAAACAUGUGAUCACUUCUUUGUUUUUGUUCCUGUUCUGUUUUCAUUUGGAUUUCUUUAUUUCUUGACAACAGACUUUCAUGUUGUAGCCGAAUGAACAUGAUUAUUUUUCUAUUGUUCAACUCGAAUGUUUUGAUUGAAGUCAGUUGUUCCGCAAGCAUUACCCAUACUCACCACUAGAUGGCCACAGAGUACCAUA